UUCCUCGAAAGCGGUUUCCAUUUUUCUCUCCGUUGUGAUAUUUCGAGAGAAAGCUCCCGGCUGUGGUAAUGGCGGGUCGAGGAAAAACUCUGGGAUCUGGGGCGUCGAAGAAGGCUACAUCGCGUAGCAGCAAGGCUGGGCUUCAAUUUCCCGUGGGUCGUAUCGCUCGGUUCCUCAAGGCUGGGAAGUACGCCGAGCGUGUCGGAGCAGGUGCUCCGGUUUAUCUCGCCGCCGUUCUGGAGUAUCUCGCUGCCGAGGUUCUUGAGCUCGCUGGAAAUGCGGCAAGAGACAACAAGAAGACCCGUAUUGUGCCUCGGCACAUUCAGCUUGCGGUGAGGAACGAUGAGGAGCUGAGCAAGCUUCUGGGCGACGUCACCAUUGCCAAUGGAGGGGUAAUGCCCAACAUUCACAAUCUCCUCCUCCCCAAAAAGACUGGUUCUUCAAAGCCUGCCGAUGAAGAUUAAGCUUGCAAUUCUGUACUCUGGAACCCACGAUGUUAGUUAGGACAAUGUUCCUUUUAGCCCUUUUUUUUCAUUUCAUUAGACAGUGGUGAUUGCAAGCUUCCUUCUGGUUGUGUGAAUAAAACGAGUAUCUUUUUCAAAGUAAUGAAAGAAGCUUUGUCUUUUUUUUUCCC